AUGAGCUCGCUGUUUUUCUCCGACUCCCUGGCGGGGCCGGUCUGCAGCGGCGUCCCCACCGGGUCGGGCGCGGUGACCAGCGCUCUGCGUAACGACCUGGGCUCCAACAUCCAUGUGCUGAAAACACUCAACCUGCGCUUCCGCUGCUUCCUCGCCAAAGUCCACGAGCUGGAGAGGAGGAACAAGCUGCUGGAGAGCCAGCUGCAGCAAGCCCUGCAGCGGCCGCAGUGCCGGCACCCGUUCGGCCGGGAGGUGGCCGUGCAGACGGAUGGACCCGAGUCCAGGCUGCCGGGCACCAUCUGGAGCUUCACGCACGUCCGGAGGCAAGGGGAGCGCUUCGAGACCCUGCACGGGCCCGGGGUGACGUGGACGCACCCUGAUGGAGUCGGGGUCCAGAUUGACACCAUCACCCCUGAAGUGAGAGCUCUGUACAACGUGCUGGCUAAGGUCAAGAGAGAGAGGGACGAAUACAAGAGAAAAUGGGAGGAGGAGCUGUCAAAGCGAGAGCAGCUGGAGUCCAGGGUGGAAUCCCUGCAGCAGAGCGCCCGGGAGUCGUCAGAGAUCCAGGAUGAGCUGAACGAGAAGGUGGACAGACUAAAGGCUGAGCUUGUGGUCUUCAAGAGUCUGAUGAGUGACCAAAUGUCUGACCUGGACUCCAAGAUCCAGGAGAAAGCCAGGCGAGUGGACAUGGACAUCUGCAGGCGCAUCGACAUCACGGCCAAACUGUGUGACGUAGCACAGCAACGCAACUCAGAGGACAUGUCCAAAAUGUUCAAUGUCAGCCCUGCCAGGUCACUCCCAGAUAAGGGGACUGUGGUAUGCUGCAGGAGAAAAGAGCGUAAAGGCGUGUCCGAUGAGGAGAAUUCAGAGAUGGAUGCCGAGCCGAGCACUUCGGAGGAGGAGGUUCCUGGGUCGCUCAACAUCACGGACGAGAUGAAACGAAUGCUCAACCAGCUACAUUGUUCAGAUAACUCCUUUGUUGCCAGGCGCGAGACGUUUGAAAUUGACGAUGAUUGCGACAGUCUGACGUGGGAGGAAAACGAGGAGACUCUGUUGCUGUGGGAGGACUUCACAAAUUACAACGUGCCGUGCACCAUCACCACAAGGACCUGCACAACCGCCUGCCCCAGCGAUGGCAGCGGAGAAGUUGUUGAGCCAGAUUCCCAGGAUGGAAGUCUUGGCAGCCUCAUUGAUGAAACAGAGUCAAUAUUUAGGAACCGAGAGCAGAAGUACCAGGAGACCAUCGGCCAGAUCGAGAUGGAACUGGCAACAGCAAAGAGCGACAUGAACCGCCAUCUGCACGAGUACAUGGAGAUGUGCAGCAUGAAAAGAGGCCUUGACGUGCAGAUGGAGACCUGUCGGCGGAUGAUUAAAGGUGGCAGGAACUCUCCUUCUUUCAGCUCAGCGGCUAGCAGUGACUCAGGGAACACAGACGAGAUCCAGGACGAGAUCUUGGACAAGGACGCAGAAGCUGAAAUCCCAGUUAGUUGA